AUUAGACCCUCCUCAAAAAGAUAAAAGCUUACUGAUUUGAAUGGAAGAUUCUUCUUCAGAGGCAGCCAAUUGCCUAAUCAGGCUGCCUCCCACCUGACAGUCAGUAAUUAGGAAAUGGUUGUGUGUGCAUGUUAAAACCUUAACACACAGGUGUCAUCAUGCUGUUGGGACAUAGUGGUGGGAAGAGCAAGUCUGUGGCAAAAGGCUGAGGUGAGCACAUUUGUUCCACUGUGGCUAAUUAAUUGGCUUAGGUUUAGAUCUGUGGGGUUGUUGCUUUUUUUUUUAAGUCAUCUGAGAAGUUUUUGACAUUAAAGUCACCAUGACUGAUUUGGGCUGCAAGAAACAUAGUGACUGCACUGUCUCCAGGCUGCUCAAUGUGGUGGAGAAUGAGCUCCAAGCUGGGAGAGACAAAGGGGACCCCACUGAAAAACAGCUCCAGGUUGUCUUGGAGGAUGCUGCACUAUGGCAGAGGUUCAGAGAAGUUACUAAUGAGAUGAUUGUCACCAAGAAUGGCAGACGGAUGUUCCCAGUUUUAAAGAUCAGUGUCUCGGGCUUGGAUCCUAAUGCCAUGUAUUCUUUUCUGCUUGAUUUUGCUCCAACUGACAGCCACCGCUGGAAGUAUGUGAAUGGAGAAUGGGUCCCAGCUGGAAAGCCAGAGCCAUCGACUCACAGCUGUGUCUAUAUUCAUCCAGACUCUCCCAACUUUGGGGCCCACUGGAUGAAGGCUGCUGUAUCCUUUAGUAAAGUGAAACUUACUAAUAAGUUGAAUGGCAAUGGGCAGAUUAUGUUGAAUUCUCUACAUAAAUAUGAGCCUCAAGUUCAUAUUGUUCGAGUUGGAGGCCCACAUAGGAUGGUAAUGAAUUGUUCCUUUCCUGAAACUCAGUUCAUAGCUGUGACUGCUUACCAAAAUGAAGAGAUAACAGCUCUCAAGAUCAAAUACAACCCCUUUGCCAAAGCCUUUCUAGAUGCAAAAGAAAGAAACCAUCCCAAGGAUGCUCCAGAUAUUGUCUCUGAAAGCCAACACAUGACAUAUUCUCACUUGGGUGGCUGGUUGAUUUCCAAUCCCGAUGCGGUGUGCACAGCUGGAGGUUCAAGCUAUCAGUACAGUGGGACUUUUCCUCUGCCUGCUGCACAUUCUCAUCAUGGCUGUGAGCACUAUUCAGCCCUUCGAGGACAUAGAGCUGUUCCCUAUCCUGCUUCAUACAUGCAGAGAAAUCACUCUCCAACAGUGAAUUUGAUAGAGAGCACCAACAAUGAUCUUCAAGUGUCACCAGCCCAUGAUGGUUGGACUUCUGUACCCUCCAGUCACCAUACCAACUUGCUCCCAGUGCCACAUAACAGUGGUACAGUUACCCCAGGUCCUAGCCACUAUCCAUGCCUAUGGACAGUCAGCAACAAUGCCAUUAAUGUUGCCAACCUUACAAGCGAUGCAAGCAGCAGCCCGCCAGGAACGUUCCUGAGAAGCAAUCUUGCAUUGCCUGCCACAUCCUCGUCUGCUUCAAUUCCCCUCCCAGGAACAAUUGCCAACAGCAUGGAAACACAAGUAGAACCUGCUUUCUCCAGAUUAACAGAUUCCACUUGGGCAUCUGUAGCCUCCCAUGCAUUUUGAGGGACCAAAGGACGGCCAAGAAUGCCCAGUAGCAUUCUGAAUGGAACAGAACUCAAGGCUGCCAUUCUCACAGCAAAGAAAAUAUCAUGUUUUGUGAUGUACCAGUGUUUUUACACACCUUGAAAUUGCUUCUUGGAUGGUGAAUCUGUCACAUGCCAUAGGACAAAAGAAGGGAAGAUGUACAAGAUAACCUCUCUGCUGCUGUGGUAUCCAGGCACAGAGCACAAGGAAUCUGGAUGAGGAAAUCUUGCUACCAUCAUGUCAAACAAGAUAAAUAAGAAGGGGAAAGGCUCCCAGUAAGAAGACAUAGGGUUUUUAGCUAUUUUAAUCUAAUUUUUGAAUACUAUUGGCUGUAAUUCUGCUUGGGCAGAUGGUUGCUCAGAAGCAUAUUCAUGACUGAAAGGCAUUACAUCACAGUGCUCUCCUUGAACACUGCCUUGGAAGGACAUUGCCUAGACUUCUUCAGAAUGUUGAUAUUAAACUAUAAGAGGGACCAAGUAAGUAAAGAUAUCUUUCACUAGACUAACUUACUGGUGAAAAUAUAAACCUGUCCUGCCCAUCUUUUCAACCAUCCCGUCAUGAACGUCUAAUGCUGAUUGUAAAUCCUUUAACAUGGGGACCUUGUCUUUUCUGUGUUGAGUGCAACACCUAGCAUGCCCACUGACUGGGUGGGGGGAGGGAAGAUUUUCAUUGCAUUUCCAUCAGCAACUGCAGCCAGUUAAAUUUUAAUGGUUGGAGUACUUUUGGUGUUUAUAAAAAGUAUAAGUGCUUUGUAAAUGCUUUACGCUGUUCUCCAGUAUAGAAGAUUAUUUAUUUUGAUUCUCUGUGUGGUUUAUUCUUUUCCCACAAUGGCCAAGAUGCUGGACUAGAUUGGUCCUUGGUCUGAUCCAGCAGGCUUCUUGUGUUUUUAUGGUAGUUGUGGUCAUGCAAGUUGUGGCAUUUCAUUUGCAUGUAUUCACAUUAUCAGCAGCUGUAUCUGAUCAUCUGGUUUGUUAAUCACUUCCAUUUUAUUUUUCUCCACCUGGCUCUGUCUCAGAAAUUUAAGUUGGCAAUCCAUGAUCACAUAUUUGAUUUUGUCGUCAUGGGACGGUGCCUAGAGAAAGCCAGAACUGCACAGAGAAUGGGCUAGAAAUGUAUUAUGCGAAUCACGUCUUUGAUCAUCCCUCUCCAACUUUAACUAUGACAUGGUCAAUGUUACUCCCUCCUCUACAAUUGCUAUGUGGUGUUUGUGCAUGAAGAACACCAUCCAUCAUGUUCAACACUGCUGAAUGCUGAGUACACUUCAGUGUAAGAUGAGAUCAUUCUCCUGGAGAGUUUGCGAUGUGCUUUUAUGCUCUUCUUGAGAAUGAACAUAGCUUGAUUGGAUGUAAUAAAAAUUGAGAAUAUUAUU